AUGCCUUCAGUCCGGAUAUUUUUCCGGAAGUUGAACACAUUAUAUGUGCAGCCCAAGUUAGAAAGUCCGCAUCACACCAAAAACCAACGAGGCAUGGCGGAGGACAAACGCGAUAUUCAAAUCUCAAAGGCCCUGGCGUACUUGCUGCGUCAUGGAGCCGUUAAAGAAGGCUUGGCCAUCGACAGCGACGGCUACAUUCCUGUUCCCGAGCUUCUCGCGCACAACAGACUUAAGAGCUUGCAUUGUACGCUGCCGGAUGUGGAGCGGGUUGUGGCUAAUAACAACAAGAAACGGUUUAAUUUGAUAUUUGACCACGAAACAGCACUUAUGUGUGCCACCCAAGGUCAUUCCAUUGCGGCCGUUGCGCCCACGAACGACGUGCUAGAGAAAAUCACCACUAUAGAGCAACUUCCUUCUCAACUCGUGCAUGGUACCAAUCUCAGCAGCCUGCAACUGAUAUUGCAGAGUGGGCAGCUCCAGAGGAUGCGCAGAAACCACAUCCAUUUGGCGCAGGGCGUCACAGGUGUUGACGACAGCGUGGUGAGCGGAAUGCGCGUUUCUUCCAUGGUGCACAUCUACUUGAAUGUGAAAAAGUUAUGCGACCGUCUGCAGCUGUUUAAGUCUCUGAACGGCGUAUAUCUCACUGCUGACAAUAUCCCAGUUGACCUAUUUGAAAAGGUUGUGCUCAUCGAGAACACCAAGAACAGGGCAGAAAUUGCGGAAGUCAUCCUUCUUCUUGAGAACAAAGGUGUGCCCUAUCUGAAGACAAAUCGCGAGGCGCAACAGUCAAGGAGUAAUCCUCGAGCCCAUGAUUUUUCAUCCGCAAGGUUCAAGUAA